UGUUUGGUUUAUCGUUAUUUUAAGUAGCCGUGGAACAAAAAAAACACACAUAAACAGCGACUUUGUUUUAACUAUACGGUAAAUUAAACACAACAUCGAGAAAAUGAAUUGUAUUUGAUGUUUUUAGGGUCCCGUUUCGUCAAUUUGUUUCCCUGUCAACCGAUGUUCUCGCGCUAUGGAAGCUAACUUCAACUGAUGAUUUCGUGCUUCUCACUCAGCUCUUUUGUUUCAACUUCAACACGCUGGCUAGUUAAUUUGGGGUCAACGCUCGUGCCAUCACGUCACACCGACCAGCCGGACAGAUGAGAGGUAGAAGAGGACAGUCUUCAUCAUCAGUUUCUCAGGAGCAGACCAGAAUGGCUCUGAGGAAGCAACUACUCCAGGAUGUCAGCGACGUUCCCUCCGGAAGCCAACAGGUUGGCGAAAACACGCAGGAGGACGAAGCUCUCGACGAUGGAGACGACAAUGACGAGCUCUCAUCAUCACUUCUGUCAUCGGCAUCGAGAGAAAAACGGAAAAGAGAGACGGAGAACAAAUCCAAAGAGAUGACCGAGGAGGAGAUGAUGGACAUGGCUUUGCGUCUGAGCGAACAGGAAGCCAGCGUCACUGCGCUCAGAGUCCAGCAAGAGGACGAGGCCAUGAUGAAAGCCAUCCAAGAGAGUAUGUUCAAUCAGACUCAACCGGCCCAAAGUCGGAGGCUGCCUACCGAUGCUGAAGCUUCACUCAGGAUCUUCUCUCCCAGGAAACUCUGGUAUGCAAACGGGAAGAAGACGUCGGCCGUCAAUCAGGGAGCAGCAGAGGACGUCUGCACACCAGAGGCCGACCUGAACCCAGGAGCAAAAGGAACAGGAGAUGAAAGUAAUAACAGGCUGAGAAAGCGGAAAAGGAAAGAAGGAAGUCCUCUGCUGGAGAUGCCGGACUUGUCGCAGGCUCAGAAGAUCUCCUCUCAGGCUUCACCCUGCAGCUCAGAGGGUCUCUCAGUGCCUCUGGACUCACCACAGAGCUGUGACUCGACCCAGAUCGACGACUGUCAGCUUCUUAAAUCCCCCGUCUUCCCCUCCGCUGACUGCAGAGCCAAGGUUCACGUCCCCCGGCUGAGCCAGGACCUCCUGGAGACCUGCAGAACCUCAGGGUUCGUGUUCUGCUCCUCUCGGGACAGUUGGGCCUCGCCUCGAAAGUCUCAGCCCGCUCAAGCCAGCAGUCCCACGUUUCCCAAAAGCCCCAAACGCUCCAACAACCUCACUUUGUCCGAGAGUCCUGUCUCCUUAGAGGCUGAUCAGGGAGAUGAUGUAGAGACGGAUCCGAGUCCCGAGUAUUUCAAAAGUCCAGUAUUUGGCAGGAAUACUCAGCACGAGAUGUCUCCAAGUGCCUGCAAACCCCAAGACGGUGUCUGUAACUCAGGGUUCAUGUUCAGUUCUCAGGAGAGCUCGACCUCCUCUGUGAAGUCCACGCCCGGUCUGCUUAAGAGUCCAGUAUUCCUCAAAAGCCCCGGCCUUCCCAAGAACCUCCCUCCCCCUGAAAAACCAGCAACCUGCAGAAGUCCUGUGUUCUCCGAGACUGUCGGAGGAGGAUAUACAAGCCCAGUGUUCGGCAGGAUCGGAAGACGACGAAAGAUUAAACUGGUUGAGCAGAAACACGCCGCGAGCCCUUCAGCUGCUGAGCUCAUGGGUUCAGACAGUGACGGGAAUUUAACCACCACCGAGGCUCCGGCUCAGAGUCUGAGGCAGGACAGCAAGACUGAUCACAAUCAAGACGCCGGGUUUACUAAGUCGUCUACGUCGGAUGAUACAGAGGAGGAGCUCAAGGAAACAUCCAAAGACUGCUCGGCUGAGACGGAGCUGACCAGCGAUAUGACGCUACUCUGGUCUGACGACGACGUCACGCCGGUGGGCUCACCCAGCCCGGUCUUCCCAGAGGAGAGGCCUGUUCAUCGGGCAGACGGUGAGGAUGCAUCCUUGAACCACGUGACGGCAGCUUCUCCGGGGAUGAACUGCAGACCUUCUACCUCCGCCUCCACAUCCACCAGCAGACAGCAGCCUUCCACCACAGAGAGAGGACCACAGCCAAUCAGCAGCCAGGGAGCGGUCAGCGGGGCGCCUGCAGGCGGGCCGACGGUGCACUACUACUGGGGGGUUCCCUUCUGUCCUCAAGGGGUGGACCCGGACGAAUACACACAGGUGAUCCUGGGUCACAUGGAGGUGUAUGAGAAGAGUCUGAAGCAGGCUCAGAGGUGUCUGCUCAGGAAGGCUGAGUGGGGGGAGGCUGUCCUGCCGCAGCCAGAGAAAUCCCCUUCACCUGAGUCGCCUGCUGAAUCCCUUCAGCAGCUCGUUCCUCGAAGGCGUGGCCUCAGACUGAGAAGGAAAAACGUGUGUGAGGCAGCUGAAACACUGUCUGCUGAGGCAGAGGAGGAUGAAGAAGACAAUAAGGAUGAAGAGGAGGAAAGAGAGAGCAAAGAAGGAGAAGAGAAGAAGAAGGAGGAGGGAGAAGAAGGACAGGCGGAUGCUGAUGACUGUGAGGUUUGUCCAGAAACCCAGCUGAGUGACAACGAUGACGACAAGACGCAAGAUCUGAUGAUGCCGCCCGACGCAGCAGCAGAGCGUGGAUUUCAGUUUGACGGUAAAAAGAGUCCGGAGCCGCCGGAGGUCGAGAUGAUUCUCCAAGUGGAUUCUCCAGCCGGAGAGGAGCUGCAGGGGGAGGAGGAAGAGAUGGAGGUGGAUGCCGCAGUGGACAGAAAGACGAAGGGGAGCAUCCCUGUGAGCUGCAGCGAUGCUGGAGGACAGCAUGUUAGAGAGGAGAGGACAGAGGAGGACGGGGGGGAUCCAGAUGUGGAGGAGAUAACGGAUCGAGGGCUUCAGAGGUCCACGUCUUCUGAAGUGCAGCCAGCCACCCUCUCUCAGAACCCUGAAGCCAAAGUGGACUGUCCCAUCUGUCAGGGCUGGUACCCGGUGACGGAGAUCGAGAGGCACGCUGCGUACUGCGACGGAGAGGUGGCCAUCGUGGGGGAGAGGAGGCCCGACAAAGUCUGCUUGCAAGUGUCUUUGAAGACUCGGAGGAAGAGAACAAGGAGAGCAGAGGCGGCUGCUGAAGUGACUUAUGAACCCUCCAACACUGGCAACAGGAAUCAAGAGAAAUGUUACGUCUGUCAGAAAGCUGUUCCCCUGAGAGACUACAACCGACACACCGAGCUCUGCAUCCAACGGCAGGCAUCAAAGACUGCAGCGAAGGGAAAUCUGCUGUCGGCUCUGGAGCAAACCGAGAGCAGAGAUUCAGAGGCCGGGCCGUCUGGAUCCAAACUCCACUCGGGAGAUGUCAUUGAUCUGCGGGAUGAUGAUGAUGAUGAUGAAGAGGAGGGCAGCGUUUCAGCUGUCAGGAUCAGUAACUCUCCCAUCAGAGCCUUCACUCCCAUCUCAGAGGCCACCGGCUGCCUUAUUGACUUCAAAACACAGCAGCGAGCCAAGACGCUGCGUCAGAGACGAAGAUGAGGACGGCCUCCUGGUGCUGACGGAGAACACUGGAAACCAGAGCCUUAAAUAAAGACCCAAUCAGGUUGGACGUGACAUUACGUUGAAAAAAAAGACUUGUUUUUAACCCAACACCUUCCUGAUGUCACAUAUUUAUGCAGGUAAACAACGACAGAUCGAACACUUGAAUGGUCAAAAUCUCACAAUUAUUUCAAAGCAGCCGGAUUCAGACUCUUUGUGUGCCACCAAAUUUAGCGUUCGUAUAUGUUGACGUGUUUCAGACUACCUCUUUGUGUAUUGAAACAUUUCCUUUGUGUUCACUUCUGUGUCGUCUUCGCCUUCUGAGUGUAAAUCAAAUUCAUACUAACAACAUUUUACUGGCCUUCAACCCUCAAAUAUGAGAAGUGAAGUUAUUGUUUGUAGCCCUGCUAAUCAGUUGUCCACUUAUCUCUCAAAUGUCUCCGCACACGUUGGAUGGAUUGCCUUGAAACUUUGCAAAGACGUUGAUGUUCUCCACACGAUGAAUCCUACUGACUUUGGUGAUCCUCUGAUGUUUCAUCUGGAGGCCAACUGAGGUCCAAACACUUAAGUUUAUAAAUAGAAACGCCAAAUAUUGGCACGCUGACUUGCUAAGUGUUAGCAUGUGUAGAUGCUAACAUGAAGCCUUCUAAUAGUAGCAUGUAAAUGUGCUAAAUUGUCCAUCAUGCUAAUGUUAAAAUGAUUCAUAAAAUUAAAAAAACGUUUUAAUUUCCUAGCCUAUGACGACCAAAAGUCCAAAACCCAAAGAUGUUAAUAUAACAAUAAUUCAUGACAAACAAGAGCAGAACAUUCUCACAUUUGAGAAGCUGGAACCCGUGAAAGUGUCUUUUUUUUUUUUGGGCUUAAAAAUCACGGAUUCAUUUAACUGAUCGAUCAGUCAGCUCAUCGUUUGAACUCUAUGUGGAUGAGAUGAACGCAGCUGUGCAGGUUGAUGUAAGUCAAUUCACAGAUAUGAUUCCUUCAGUUGACAAAUACACACGUUUGCCCACAUGAGUGUGAAUGUCCUAAAUGGGCCACCGUAGAGAUGAUAUCCAUCGUUUUAUUUAGAUUGCAACGUGGCCUUUUUUUUUCUGGCACCGCCCUCCGGACAAACAACAUUUUUUUAGAGCUAAUAAUAACCACGUUGUCUCUCAACUUUACGUCAGUCCUUUGUAGGUUCGAGUCGGCUGUUGAGCACUUCAGAUCAAACGCAAACAGUGGAAAGAUCGAGAGCCUGAAGAGCUCUGCAAGCAUUACUUUGAGAGAACAAAUCAGUCUUUUCAAUGCAGAUCUCUUAAUUGUACCAGAAAAAAGUCAAAUCUGAUGUUUUUUUUGUAAACUGUUGACAUUUGUUAUCCCAUAACAUGGGAUUUUAAACCCACUUCCUGUCAGGUCCCACAUCACCUGUUUUCACUGUGACUCUAGUGGAAGGAAGUGCGAUUCAGUUGAAGCCUGAGAACUCUGACUGUGAUCUUAAUGUCCCCGUUAAGAUCAGAGACGGCCCGGUGAGGGAGUUGAAAGUAACGGUAACAUGUUUUUUUUGGGAGUCGAUUUCCAUUUGUGACGAUCAGAAGCUCAACAUGUCGUCACUGCCCUGUUAAAUCAUCUUCUCUCAGCUCAGGGGAGUUUAUUUUAAUGCCUUCUCUUCACCAUGGACCAUAUGAAAUAUUAAGUUGAUGGAGAUCAAAUUUGCCUGUUUUUUUUUCACUGUAUCAACCUUGAAUACUGUAUCGGCACUUUAGAGUUGAAUUUGCUAAAACUCACUGUCACACACUGAUCACACGUGUUGGUUCAUUGAAGGGAGAGAUGAGCUUGAUGCGACAUGAUGUUUUCAGCGGGUGAAACAAUGUGCUUUGUUCUUAUUUUGUCCUUGACAGGAAGAACAGAUUUCACACAGAUACAGUUUGUCUAAUCCUCUAACCGUCGUUACAUUUCACUUGCAUUUCCUGAGAGACUGUUGCAACGCAGCGUCGUGCAGACUGUGUGUUGCGUAAGACUCUGUCACAAUGUUCAGUUGCACCAACUGGAUCGAAGUUUAGGAGGAAUAAUGAUGAAGUGGAGUUCAAAUAAAAGAUAUCUAUUACAAUAACAACUGUCUGUGUCCACUUUAGGACCAACAGUACACGGACACAAACGUUCCACCUGUAUGUGAUAGUUAAACAUGUGACACCAUGGGCCUUAAUGUGCGGCCAUAACGGCAGCAUUGAGAUCCUUUACUUCAAGUAAAAGUACUAAUAUCACACUUGCAUUGGAAAUGUAACCUCAGUAAAAGUAUGUAUAGUAUAAUAAGGAAAAUGUACUGAAAGUAUUAAAAGUAGAGAAAUGUGACCGUUAUACUAUCAUGUAUUAUAUCAUAGGUUAUUAUUACUCAUGCAUGAUGAAUGGAUGAUGCGUGAACAGGAUGUUCCUGUUGUAGCUGGUUGAGGUGGAGCUCAUUUUAAACUAUUCAUUGAUGAUUUUUUUAAUGAUGAGUUUGCUCCACCAAC